CAAAAAUAUGCACAAGAACGAAAAGGUCACAAUAGAAUACCUUAAUGAACAGCUUGCAUUAGAGAAACAGAGAUUUAGCCAGUGUCAGGAAAACCUCAAUGUCCACAAAGAGAUCCUCCAGUCGGUCAUUGGUGGUGGGAAAUCCUCAUCCCGGCCAAGCCAAUCAACUGGAGACGAUAACUUAUGAAGAGAAUGCUUCUACAUGAAGCAGCACUAUAAUCUCAGUAGCUGUGUAACCCAGUUAAGAAAGUUAAUUGAAGAAAAAGAUGAGAAAAUAGAAUUUCUCCUUGCUGAAAUCCUCAUGCUGAAGAAACAGAUGAACAUUAAUGAGACCAACAACGAGGAGAAGGAGAGAGAAAUGACAGAAAGAGCAGAAGAAAUCAAGGUCAAACUCGAACGGACUGAAAAUAUGUUCCAGAAUAAAGAAAAGAAAUGGAGCGAAUUAGAACGAAUUGUUGUCAAUUAUGCGAGGAAAGAUCUACAUCUCAGGAACAAACUCUCUGAGAUCAAAUAUAUCUGCGAUGAUCCAUCAAGCAAGAGAAGGAUUACCACAGUUGUAGAAGAAAAUGAAAGACUGAGGACUGAGAUAGACGAAAUCAAAAGCGAGAUGGAGGAACUUAAAAGCCAAGUUGACUGCGCUAAAUCUAACCCAACCUUCUUUGACGAUGAAGAAGACUACUUCAAGCUUGGAGAUCAACAGUUUCAAGAUGAUGAAGUCCCGAUGGAAAAGAAAACUCUUGGUAAAAGAUCCAACAAAAAUAACUUGAGUGCUCUAUCUGAUAUGAGAGGCCCUGAAAGUAAUCUUAAUCAGGCCUUCUUGGAAAGGAGCAAAAGUGACAACAGUGGUAUAGCAGAUAGUUCUAACAUCCUUGGCAACUUAAAAGAUCAGAGAUAUAAUACUCAAGGAAACUACGACACUCCGCCUAAACAGGACCUGUGAGAGAGCUUCGGACCAGGAAUGGAAGAGAAUAAGCAGGGAGAAGAGAAAUUUUUCAAGAUUGGAGAAGACCUUCUUAUUAGUGGAAGUAACAUGAAGCCAAACACUUUUGAGAUAACUCAUGAAAUCUCAGAACUUGAGAAAUCUAUUGGAAGCAUUGGGCAUAAUAGAAGUUUAAGUAGAAUCAAAUAUCCAAAAAGUAAGAAGGAGCUUAAGAAGGUAACUAUCAACCCAAAGAAGGAUUUCUGUAAAGAACUUAGGGAAUACUUCACAAAAUAAACAAGAUUUUAAGGACAUCAUUUUGUGAAGCUUCUAUCAGAAGGCACAAUCUAAAGCAUUCAAAGGAUCUUCAUCAUAUAAUAAAUUCA